UUAAUAAUUGGCAUUUGGUGGAAAUCUCAAAGUCUUGAAAUUUGCCAAACAAUGACAACUUAUUAGGGGAAAAAUGGAAGAGCAAGUAAAAUUGUUGGGAGCUUUCCCAAGUCCCUUUAGUUACAGGAUCAUUUGGGCUUUGAAACACAAGAAUAUCAGUUAUGAAUACAUAGAAGAAGAUCUUUGUAAGAAAAGCCAUCAUCUUUUAACAUAUAACCCAGUCUAUAAGAUGAUCCCAGUUCUUGUACAUGCUGGAAAACCAAUAGUUGAAUCUACAAUCAUUCUUGAAUACAUCGAAGAGACAUGGCCCCAAAAUCCAUUGUUCCCCAAGGAUCCUUAUGAAAAGUCUUUGGCUAGAUUCUGGAUCAAGUUCGGAGAAGAUAAGAACUCAGAAAUUUUUCAAAUAUUUCACAAGAUUGGAGAAGAGCAAGCCAAGGCGACUGAAAAUGCCAAGAAAGUGCUAAAAAUUAUAGAGGAGCAGGGUCUUGGAGAUAAAAAGUUUUUUAGUGGGGAUACAAUUGGAUUAACUGAUAUAGCCUUUGGCUGGAUUGCUUUCUGGCUGGAAGUCAUACAAGAAGCUGCUGGAGUAAAUGUCUUCCAACCAAACAAUUUUUCCCGCUUACAAUCUUGGAUUAACAAUUUCAAGCAAGUCCCUAUAAUCAAAGAAAAUAUUCCAGAUAGGGAUGCAAUGCUACAUUAUUUCAAACGUCGUAGAGAAAUGAUUGUUGCAUCAUCAUCAGAGCAAUGUUGAGGAUGUUUCUGUAUUGGCUAAAAAAAACAACUUGGGCACGUGGCAUUAUAUUUCAUAGAAUCAGCUUCAUGAACAAUAUUAUCAUCUAAAUAUAAAUUUACUCUUUAAUAUUA